AUGACGCAUUUGAACUAUGAGACUCGUUUGCCAUUAGGCCAAGCUGUUAUCGAUCAAUUUUUGGGUCUCAAACCUCAUCCAACAAAAUGUCAAGCGACUUAUGUUUGGAUUGAUGGAACUGGUGAAAAUCUUCGCUCAAAAACCAGAACAAUGGAAAAAGUGCCGAAAAAGAUUGAUGAUUAUCCGAUUUGGAAUUAUGAUGGAAGUUCAACAGGGCAAGCACAAGGAAAGAAUUCCGAUCGAUAUUUGAGACCAGUUGCCAGUUAUCCAGAUCCAUUUUUGGGUGGAAAUGCUAGACUUGUUUUGUGUGACACUUUGGAUCAUGAAAUGCAACCUACUGGUAAUUUUUUUUUUUGAAAUUUUGUCUCCAAUUCAGAAUUUUCUCAUAUAUUUUCAGCCACAAAUCAUCGUCAAGCUUGCGCCGAAGUGAUGAACGAAAUUCGCGACACAAAACCAUGGUUUGGAAUGGAACAAGAAUAUCUUUUGGUGGAUCGAGACGGACAUCCACUCGGAUGGCCAAAACACGGCUUCCCAGCUCCACAAGGAAAAUAUUAUUGUAGUGUUGGAGCGGAUCGUGCAUUCGGUAGAGAAGUUGUCGAAACACAUUAUCGUGCUUGUCUUCACGCUGGAAUCAAUAUUUUCGGAACGAAUGGCGAAGUUACGCCUGGACAAUGGGAAUAUCAAAUUGGAACUUGUGAGGGAAUUGAUAUGGGAGAUCAAUUGUGGAUGGCUAGAUAUAUUAUGAAUCGUGUUGCGGAACAGUUUGGAAUUUGUGUAUCGAUUGAUCCAAAACCAUCGGUAAGAUUUUGAUUUCGAACAUUUGAAUACCUUCGGUCCUAACUAGAAACAGUUUGGAACAAUCUCAACCUCAAGUUGAGGUCCUCAACUUCAAGCCGUAAUUCUAUCCUAAACCUUCUCAUUUUUCAGAUCACAAUGGGUGACUGGAAUGGUGCUGGCUGUCACACCAACUUCUCUACCGCUGAAAUGCGUGCACCCGGUGGAAUCGCAGCCAUCGAAGCAGCUAUGGACGGCCUAAAAAAGACACAUCACGCAGCGAUGAAAGUGUAUGAUCCACACGGUGGACAGGAUAAUUUGAAAAGAUUGACUGGAAGACAUGAAACUAGCUCAGCUGACAAUUUCUCUUGGGGAGUUGCGAAUCGCGGUUGCUCAAUUCGUAUUCCACGACAAGUUGCUGCGGAGAAAAAGGGAUAUUUGGAGGAUCGUCGCCCAUCUUCAAAUUGUGAUCCAUAUCAAGUCACUGCAAUGGUUGCUGCUAGUAUUUUGCUAGAAAAUUAA